GAGGCUGUCACUGCAGUGGUCCUGGCGUACACUCGGCUUACUACUCACAAUUAUUGAAUCAUUUCUGUCAUAGGAAUUGAAUGUAUUGUUGAUCUGUACACAUGACACAUGAUGAUGUGGCAGACUGCAAACCCUCUGAGGCAAUUAUGUGAUUUUUGGCUAUACGAAGUAAAAUGAAUUGAACAAUAGGAAACACAACAUGGUUCAGUGAAGUGAAUCAGAGUGCGACCUCUUUGUUUUUAUAUAACACAACAUCUAUUCCGAAUGCUGGCAUUCUGACCGGAAGUCUUUUAUUUUGUCUUCUCGCUCACUGUGCGCUAACUGACGGAGCGGCAAAGUGCGGAAGUUCUCUCAUCCUGCGAGAGGAGAAGAAGAAAAAUCAGCAGCAGAAGAAGAGGAAGAGGAAGAAGAAGAGGCCUCUUGUCCGCCCGAACACAACGCGUCUCCGGAGAGGAAUCCUCCGGACCCCGGGGACACCACACACACUACCGCUCCUCCGGUACCCACGCUCGUGAGUGCGGCCGGCCUCUUUAUUGACGUGACAGCAUCGCGCGGGUCUGUCACUCAGCAGACGUGAACUGCGCCGCCGGCGUGAGAUGCGGUGACUUAGAGGCCAGCGGAGCACCGCGAACUCCUCGUCAUGUUCAGGAUGAGAUGAUAUGAGCUUUGUGACACGGUGCAUCGGGGAUGGACAUGUCCGCUACAUGCCGACCCCCCUCAUCCCACCAGCAGCAGCGUGAAGUGUCGGUACAGGCAGGAUGGAUCCAUGCUUUCAUGUUGUUUACAUUCUAACCAUCUGAUGUUCUGCUGAAAGGAGACCAGCGACGUCCCGUGGUGAUGAUCCUGGUGGAGUUGCAGCCCGUUGUCUUUCUGUCAUGUGGAACCAGUCCGCUCGUUCUCCUCUGACCUCUCGCAUCAACACGGUGUUUUCACCACACGCCUGCUGCUCACUGGACAUUUUCUCUUUUUGGGGCCGUCCUCCGUGAACCCCAGAGAUGGUUGUGCGUUCAGAUCCCAGUAGAUCAGCAGUUUGUGACGUACUCCGACCGUUUGCACCAACAACCAUCCACGUGAACGUCACUUAAAUCACCUUCCUCCCCGUUCUGAUGCUCGCUUUGACCUUCACUAAGUUGUCUUCACCACGUCUACACGCCUAAAGGCAGCGAGUUGCUGCCGUGUGAUUGGCUGAUUAUAAACGGCGAUGGCGAGGCCGAGCCACAGCGACCACGUCCUCCAGCAGCUCAACAACCAGCGCGAGUGGGGCUUCCUGUGCGACUGCCUCAUCGCCAUCGGGGACAUCUACUUCAGGGCCCACAAGGCCGUGCUGGCGGCCUGCAGCUCCUACUUCCGGAUGAUGUUCAUCCGGGACCAGCAGGGCGCGGGCCGCCUGGACCUCAGCAACAUGCAGAUCAGCGCCGAGUGCUUUGACCUCAUCUUGCAGCUCAUGUACCUGGGUCGCAUCGUGGUGGGCAGCUACGAGUUCGAGGAGCUGAAGGCCUCCAUGGCGUACCUGCAGAUGUAUUACAUCCCCGACUCGCUCGAGGACCUCCGGGACAUCCGGAGCUCCACCCUGGCCCCGUCCUCCGCCACCUCCACCACCUCUUCAGCCUGCCCUGCCGCCGGCAAGAUGAUGUUCGGCGUCCGCAUGUACGAGCAGCAGAGCCCCUCUGCCCCGGAGGCGGAGCUUCUACCAAAAGCAGCCAGCAGCGCUGACGGCCGUCUGGCCGCUCCUGUAACAGUCAGCAGAGCGGCGGUGGUGGAGGAGGUGGUGUCGACUCCUUUUGUAGGGGCACCACCUGCGGUGGACGGGCUGGGGGACCAGCCCUGUGACCUGAGGAAGAGGCCCGGCGGCAGGAGCUCAGCCCUCAAAGACCGCCCUCGGUUUGGUCGCACCUACACCUGCGACGACUGCGGAUUCGUCUUCAGCUGCGAGAAGCUUUUGAUCGAACACAUUCUCACCUGCACCAACCGGAAGGCCUUCCAUCAGCCGAGGGGCAGCGCCGAGGGGGACAACGAGUCCAGCAAAGCCGAGAGCUCCGCCUCCGAGAGCGCCGAGGAGCAUCGGCUCACCUGUAAAGGCGAGGACGACUGGCCCGAAGCAAGAGCAGCCGAGUCUGAUCUUGGUGCCAGGUCGACCCGGGGUAUCUCCAUCAAGACGGAACCACAGGGAAGCACAUUCUCCGAGAUCGAAGUAGUUCGGGUCGGAGACUGUGCCGUUGACGCCGCGUCUAAAGACCGACCAAGGGCAAAAAACGAAUUGGGCGGCGACCCGGAACCCGGCGUCUCGGGUCUGGAGAACAGCGGUGAGGAUCAAGGAAUCCCCGUGAAGCUCCGUAAGGUCAAAGAGGAGCAGCAGGAGGCAGACUCCGCCCCCUGUGAACUGUGUGGCGCUCCACUGAUGGAGGAAGACAAGUCAGCGCACUACCUGUCCAACCACAUGGGCCACAUCUGCGCCUGCGGCAGGUGCGGCCAGGUGCUGAUCAAAGGCCGGCAGCUCCAGGAGCACGCAGAGCGCUGCGGCGAGUCCCAGGGUGGCGAGUCUGACUCUCACGGGGAGGACGAGGCCUCACUGCUGGAGGAGCCUCAGGAGAUGGAGGAGGCGCUGAUGGAGGCCUCCGACCUGGCCUGCCCUCACUGCGCCGCACUAUUCCAGAGCGAGAGCUCGGUGCUGGAGCACGCCUUGUCCUGCCACGACCAGGAGCUUUUCCGCCCGGCGCUGCUAGAGGAGGCCGGCGAACUGGACCACCGGCGCAAGCACUUCUGCGGCAUCUGCGGCAAAGGCUUCUACCAGCGCUGCCACCUGCGGGAGCACUACACCGUCCACACCAAGGAGAAGCAGUUUACCUGCCAGACCUGUGGAAAGCAGUUCCUGCGGGAGCGGCAGCUACGGCUGCACACCGACAUGCACAAAGGUAUGGCGCGCUACGUCUGCCCGGUGUGCGACCAGGGCACCUUCCUCAAGCACGACCACGUGCGCCACAUGAUCUCACACCUGUCGGCCGGGGAAACCAUCUGUCAGGUGUGUUUCCAGAUCUUCCCCGGCGGAGAGCAGCUGGAGAAGCACAUGGAUGUCCACCUGUACAUCUGCGGCGUUUGUGGAGAGAAGUUCCGCCUCCGCAAAGACAUGAGGAGUCACUAUAACUCCAAGCACACCAAGAGACUGUAGGAGCCGCUUUCUGUACCGGCUUCAAAGAAAAGCCAUAAAUGUGAGAACAAACAAAUGCACCUGAGCACCAAAAAGACUAUUUGCACUUUUAAAGUAUAUGCAUAACGUAAGCAGGCCUUCACACUGCGAGCAGUUGACCCGUUGGCAGCUUUCUACUUUGAUAGCAAAAGACUUUUCUUCUGUUUGUUUUCACAACAGAAUCAGAUUCAUUGACGUUUUAGCAGCUCACCGCCAACUAGAGAACUGGCAAAACCGCUAACUAGUGGAUUAGCAAACUAGCUAAGAUGGUGAAGUAGGGAAACCAGCUAAUUUAGGAAAGGAGCUAGCAGAUGUUUAUUAGUCGUAAUGUUUGUGAAGAAGUUGGGAUUUCAUAUGCAGGAGGAUCUUUACAUGAUGCUUUCACAGUCCAAAAACCCAAAGAAGAAAAUCUCAUUGGAAGCUAAAACCGGUCACCGAAUACGGUUGAGGUUCUGUAGCCAGUUCUGCUGCUCUCAAUGUGAACGUCUCCAGGAAAGCCACCCCCAACUAUUGCAGAACCCUGAGGAGGGUCCACUUCCUGUUUGGACUUCAAUGAACACCAAGGAAGAAGAACCCAACUAGUUCUUCACUUCAUAGCUGGUUCUCUUGCUGUGCGUUCCUGUGAUAGGUGCCUGUAUGGAACACUAGUCUCCUUCACAGUGAUGCAUGCUGGGGGAUGGACGGUGGGAACAUUAGACCCGCUCUAGGAACCACCUAGCCAAACUUUAUAAGCCCGGUUGGUUUUCCUCCUCGGUUCAGUCCAAACCAACACACAGGAUGUUCUGAAGGAUGAGUGUGGUAGUUAUUGAUCAUUGAUAAUCUAUGUUGAUGUUUGAUUACAACAUCUGGUCUACAAUAUAUAUUAAUAACUAAUAUAAUAAUAAUAAUAAUAAUAAGGCUUUUAAGUCAGUAAUACAUGAGAAAUAAUGUUUUAUUCAUUUAAAAAGGUAAUAUUCUAGAAAUAAAACUCAUAUUUAAUGCUGAUCAGUGAAAGAGAUCAUGUGACUAGUUUACCCUGUAACACAUCGCGACCCUCAUUGGUCCGGCGAUCCGCUGACCUGCAGAGGCCGUCUCUGUCGGCGUCAUGACGACUUCCCGGUUGCUUUUAAAUGUUUUCUGAGAGUAACUGAACCGAAGGGGAGAACUCAACCGGGUCAGACUGAGACCAGGACCCGGUCCUGGUUCCUCUGCUGAAUCUGUUGCCUUAUAUUUCAUGUAAAAUUGUUUUUCACUGUUUUCUGUUUGCUUCACUAAAACCACGUUGUUCAGAAAACUCAAGUAACUGAACAAGAUGGAAGCGUUGAGAACCUGAACCAGCUCCUGUCUUUCUGUUUUUAGACCAAAUUGGAACUAAUUUAACAUAUCUGGUCCUUUGGAUCACAUCAGGAGAACCAGAAGCAUUCAAACCAUCCUCUAGCCGCUCACACCCAACACAGACCCAACCUCUUAAUGGUUGAGAUCCAGAACAAACCAGAUUGUUCUCCACCGGGAUCCUGAGAUACAUUCAGAACUGGAUCACAACCAGUAGGAUGUUUAGCGAUUAAUACUGAAAAUCAGAACCAGAACCUCCUUCAGUCCAGUUCAGACAGGAACCAGGUGUAAAAGGUCAAAUGUCUCUUGUGGCGAUGUCAUCAUUUCAUCAGCUGUUCCUUUUCUAUUUGUGUUCUGAAGCUCCAAAUAAACCGAGUUAAGUUCUCAACAA